AUGAAUAAUUAUAGAUUUCCCUAAUCAGCCACCAUUCCUGUGUACAACACUAUCACUAAAGAACAGGCAAACAUCAAAAUCGCUUCUGAUUUCAAAAUGUUCUUGAACGCUUUGAAUGAAAGAUUUCAACUGCCCUAGAAGUUUACCAUGUGCUAUUGUUUUAACAUCAAAGAUCGAGUCACCUAUUUGGCAUGUCCAAUUGACUAUUAUUUAUUCCUAGACAGAGUGCAGAAACUUAAAACCAACAAUUAUCCCAUUCUCUAAAUCGUUAAAUUGGAACUGCACCAAUUUGUAUCCAAAGAAAUGAUUAAAGAUGUCGAAGAAUGGCAAGAGAAAUUGUCGGAUAGCUAUUCCUAAAUCAAUUCAGAGCACCAAUAAAUCCAACAAUUAGACGAAUAAUUUUAACACAUUUCUAUAUCUUAAAUCCAUCACAACGACCAGAUUGACUAUCAUAAGUGUUAGUUUUGCUAUUAGAAUUUGGAAAAUAGUAAAUACUUUAGAUGCAUCGUUUGCUAUUACUUUCAAAUUUGUGAUAUGUGCAAUACACAUAGGAGAGAAAAAGACCAUCCUAUUUCUCACAUCUUUAUUUUCUGCAAUCAUGUGACUGAUUGGAAUAAACUGAAAUAACAAUCAUAACUUAAAAUGAUCAACUAAAAAUAAAAACUCAUGAAAUCAUUUAAGAUACAUAAAGCCAAUAUACAUGAACUUAUCUCUUGCGAUUACUGUCGCUGUGUACCCAUUUAAGGUUAUCGUUACUAAUGCUUUGAAUGUCCAGAUUUUGAUUUGUGCAAGGGCUGCUUCAAAAAAUUCAAACAUGAUCAAACUCACAAUUUUAUUUAAUUGACAACAAGCAUUGAGUUUUUGUUAUUUUCAUGA